AUGCAACUCAAGAUUGUGGUUUAUUUGCUGUUAGCAGCCUUGCUAGUAAGCAUUGUAAAUUACAUUUCUCUGUUUAUUGAUGAGGAAACCAACAGCAGACUAAUGAUACACUACCAACCAAGUAAGGAUGUCAAGAAACCAGUUUCAGAGAGCCUUCCAAGUCAAUUUUUUAUAUUGCGACAGACACGCCAACAGAGACAACCAGCACGAAGACCACCUUCUCCUAUCAAGCCUCCACCAAUCAGUCAGAGGAGGCAACCAGUCGAAAGGCCACCAACUCCUACACGGGCUCCACCACACAAAGAGAUUAUAACAUUGUCACCGUCUUCCCCACCAUUGGUAACGCCCUCUUUGCCACUGCCAGAUUUAGAGACCCUUCCAAGCCAAUCCUUUACAUUGCGACAGACACGCCAACAGAGACAACCAGCACAAAGACCACCUUUUCCUAUCAAGGCUCCACCAAUUGAUCAGAGGAGGCAACCGGUCCAAAGGCCACCAGCUCCUAUACGGGCUCCACCACGCAAAGAGAGUAUAUUAUUGCCACUGUAUUCCCCACCACUACUAACGCCCUCUUUGCUAUUGUCUGCUUUAGAGAACCUUCCAAGCCAAUCCUUUAUAUUGCGACAGACACGCCAACAGAGACGACCAGCACAAAGACCACCUUCUCCUAUCAUGGCUCCACCAAUCAUUCAGAGGAGGCAACCAGUCCAAAGGCCACCAGCUCCUACACGGGCUCCACCACACAAAGAGAGUAUAACAUUGCCACCGUCUUCCCCACCACUAAUAACACCCUCCUUCCCAUCGUUAUCGACAACCUCUUCAUCUAGCUAG